ACCACACUUUCUCCCAUUACCUUACAUAACUUUCACCACACUUUCUACUGUUAUAUUACAUAACUUUCACCACACUUUCUCCCAUUACCUUACAUAACUUUCACCACACUUUCUCCCAUUACCUUACAUAUUUUUCACCACACUUUCUCCCAUUACCUUACAUAACUUUUACCACACUUUCUACCAUUACCUUACAUAACUUUCACCACACUUUCUACCAUUACCUUACAUAACUUUUACCACACUUUCUACCAUUACCUUACAUAACUUUCACCACACUUUCUCUCAUUACCUUGCAUAACUUUCGCCACACUUUCUACCAUUACCUUACAUAACUUUCACCACACUUUCUACCAUUACCUUACAUGACUUUCACCACACUUUCUACCAUUACCUUACAUAACUUUCACCACACUUUCUACCAUUACCUUACAUAACUUUCACCACACUUUCUCUCAUUACCUAACAUAACUUUCACCACACUUUCUACCAUUACCCUACAUAACUUUCACCACACUUUCUACCAUUACCUUACAUAACUUUCACCACUUUCUACCAUUACCUUACUUAACUUUCACCACACUUUCUCCCAUUACCUUACUUAACUUUCACCACACUUUCUCCCAUUACCUUACAUAACUUUCACCAUAAUUUCUCCCAUUCGUUGAGCAUAUUUACAUCCAUUGACCAAUACUACAACGACAAGGUAACGGAAAUAAGUCGAUUGGAAUGUUGAUAUAUUUGAGGAUAGAUCAAUGCCGUUAAUGGAUAUGAUGAGAUCUACAUAAAACCGCGUUGGUUACACAGCCAGAGAUAUUAAGUAGACCUUAGGUGGUAGGUUGUAGUGUAGGUCAAUAAUGUUAUCUGUUGUGUGAUAGAUUUGUGUCUUUUCUUCUUAACUAAACAUGUGGGAGACAUUUUUACUGUACACUAUGCCAAACCGGGUAAGGGGUUUGGCGUCACUGUCGGGCGCCACGAGACGGCCGGACAUCAAACACACGACGUGGGGGACCUUGUGACAGCCAUCAGUCAUACACGCUGACCCUGGCGCCCGAUACUGACCCUUAUAAUAAUAAAGCUUAUAUUCAACCCUGUAGUAUUGUAGUCAAGUUUAGGAUAGCGCAUAGAGUAUUAGCUAACACUACUAACCAAUUUGCUUAGAGAUAAACUUUUCUCCAGCUACGCCUCUCUGUGUACCGUACAAUAUUUAUCCAUAGAAUAGUCCGUGUGAUCUAUUUUAAUCUCGUCCGGCACUUACAUCAUUACCACACAUUAAUUAAAAGGUUUACUUAAUGAUGGCAAAAUCUUGGAGUAAAUUUGUAAUCCAGUCAAAGAUAUACGUUGACGGUUGUUGCUAUUUAUCCUCAAAAUGUCAUGUAGAAGGAGUUGACACGAGGUUUAGAUAGUGACAUAGGGUGAUUAUUUUUGGGGGUUAAUCGAGGGUUCUUAGUUUUAUUGACAUUAUUAAAAUGUUAGUAAGAGAAAGUUUUUUCACUCCUAACUUAGUCACUUUUAGGUUAGUUUCACCCUGAGUCACUUAAUCGAGGUUAAUUUCACCCUGAGUCACUUAAUCGAGGUUAAUUUCGCCCUGAAUCACUUAAUCGAGGUUAAUUUCACCCCAAGUCACUUAAUCGAGGUUAAUUUCACCCCGAGUCACUUAAUCGAGGUUAAUUUCACCCCGAGUCAUUAAAUCAAGGUUAAUUUCACCUUGAGUCACUUAAUCGAAGUUAAUUUCACCCGGAGUCGCUUAAUCGAGGUUAAUUUCGCCCCGAGUCACUUAAUCGAGGUUAAUUUCGCCCCGAGUCACUUAAUCGAGGUUAAUUUUACCUUGCGUCACUUAAUCGAAGUUAAUUUCACCCUGAGUCACUUAAUCGAAGUUAAUUUCACCUUGAGUCACUUUAUCGAGGUUAAUUUAACCCUGAGUCACUAUAUUGAGGUUAAAUUCACCAUCUGAAGUAACAUAAUCAGUUUACCCAAGUUGAAAUAUUAUUGCAAAAGGGAAUUUUUUUUAUAAAGUAAUCCGAUAGUAUAAAGCGUUACUUAGUUAUCCAGUUUAUUCACGUACAGUUAUCCAGGUAAUUCACGUACAGUUAUCCAGUUAAUUCAUGUACAGUUAUCCAGUUAAUUCACGUAUAGUUAUCCAGUUAAUUCACGUACAGUUAUCCAGUUAAUUCACGUACAGUUAUCCAGUUAAUUCACGUAUAGUUAUCCAGUUAAUUCACGUACAGUUAUCCAGUUAAUUCACGUACAGUUAUCCAGUUAAUCCACGUACAGUUAUCCAGGUAAUUCACGUACAGUUAUCCAGUUAAUUCACGUACAGUUAUCCAGUUAAACACGUACAGUUAUCCAGUUAAUUCACGUACAGUUAUCCAGUUAAUUCACGUACAGUUAUCCAGUUAAUUCACGUACAGUUAUCCAGUUAAUUCACGUACAGUUAUCCAGUUAAUUCACGUACAGUUAUCCAGUUAAUUCAUGUACAGUUAUCCAGUUAAACACGUACAGUUAUCCAGUUAAUUCACGUACAGUUAUCCAGUUAAUUCACGUACAGUUAUCCAGUUAAACACGUACAGUUAUCCAGUUAAUUCACGUACAGUUAUCCAGGUAAUUCACGUACAGUUAUCCAGUUAAUUCACGUACAGUUAUCCAGUUAAUUCACGUACAGUUAUCCAGGUAAUUCACGUACAGUUAUCCAGUUAAUUUACGUACAGUUAUCCAGUUAGCAUCUUACAAUUGCUAUAAUUUGUUAUGUAAUUGUUAUAGAAAAUAAUCCUUGGCUAUAGUACUGUGUGAAAGUUAUAUAAUUGGUUAUAGUCUGUAUGUGAAAGUUGUAGUGUGUGUGAAAGUUAUAGUGUGUGAAAGUUAUAUAAUUGGUUAUAGUGUGUGUGGAAGUUAUAGUGUGUGUGAAAGUUAUAUAAUUGGUUAUAGUGUGUGUGGAAGUUAUAGUGUGUGGAAGUUAUAUAAUUGGUUAUUGUGUGUGUGGAAGUUAUAGUGUGUGUGAAAGUUAUAUAAUUGGUUAUAGUGUGUGUGGAAGUUAUAGUGUGUGAAAGUUAUAUAAUUGGUUAUAGUCUGUAUGUGAAAGUUGUAGUGUGUGUGAAAGUUAUAUAAUUAAUUGGUUAUAGUGUGUGUGGAAGUUAUAUAAUUGGUUAUAGUGUGUGUGGAAGUUAUAGUACUGUGUGAAAGUUAUAUAAUUGGUUAUAGUGUGUGUGGAAGUCAUAGUGUGUGUGAAAGUUAUAUAAUUGGUUAUAGUGUAUCUAUUUUCAAUGAUAAUUCCUUCCGGUGUUUUGAUAACCUAACCCUAGCCGAGCCUAACCUAGCCUAACCUAACACGCACUUAACCUAACCUAACCCUAGCCUAGCCUAACCUAACACGUACUUAACCUAACAUAACCUUAACAUCACUUACCUUACUUAACACUAACCUACGCCCAUACAAUUUACAAAGGUAUCUUUCUUCGCUGCUCUGGUGAUGUAGAAUUUGUUACUUUAUUCUGCCCUACUUCAUAAUUAUCUACCUUACACAAACUGUUUUCUUCUGGUGAUAUUAUUAAAAAAAAAAAGAAGUAUUGUAUAUUAUUUAUAACUUUUAAAACUGUUAGUUGUAGAAUGUGGCUGUAGACAUGAAAGUGUGUUAUAGUAUUCUAGAAAUUCAUGCCAAGUUAAUUAUCUUGUGAAACAUUGCAAAUCUGGUAUAGAUCACGAGACAUAAUUACAUCUGUUUGUAAACUGGCUGACGACUUUGGGAGAGAUAGCCGGAAUGACUCGACUAACUAGACAGUUAGUUGUGGUUGUUCGGUUAUCACUCGUGCCUGCUUGCACAUGGUUGUAGAAGGUCAAGCAAUUGCCUUAAGAAAACUACAGAACUAUGCUGUUAAACCCUCACCCACCCUUUAAAAAUACAAGUGUUAUGUGCGAAAUUUCCACUGGUAAUUGUUGCAGUUAUUUACCUGUACUAGUUGCAUCUGUUAAUGGUAGAAAGUAUACUGCUUCUGUUAAUGGUAGGAGGUAUACUGCUUCUGUUAAUGGUAGGAGGUAUACUGCUUCUGUUAAUGGUAGGAGGUAUACUGCUUCUGUUAAUGGCAGAAAGUAUACUGCUUCUGUUAAUGGUAGGAGGUAUACUGCUUCUGUUAAUGGUAGAAAGUAUACUGCUUCUGUUAAUGGUAGAAAGUAUACUGCUUCUGUUAAUGGUAGGAGGUAUACUGCUUCUGUUAAUGGUAGGAGGUAUACUGCUUCUGUUAAUGGUAGAAAGUAUACUGCUUCUGUUAAUGGUAGUAAGUAUACUGCAUCUGUUAAUGGUAGAAAGUAUACUGCUUCUGUUAAUGGUAGAAAGUAUACUGCUUCUGUUAAUGGUAGAAAGUAUACUGCUUCUGUUAAUGGUAGAAAGUAUACCGCUUCUGUUAAUGGUAGUAAGUAUACUGCAUCUGUUAAUGGUAGAAAGUAUACUGCAUCUGUUAAUGGUAGAAAGUAUACUGCUUCUGUUAAUUGUAGAAAGUAUACUGCUUCUGUUAAUGGUAGAAAGUAUACUGCUUCUGUUAAUGGUAGAAAGUAUACUGCUUCUGUUAAUGGUAGGAGGUAUACUGCUUCUGUUAAUGGUAGAAAGUAUACGGCUUCUGUUAAUGGUAGAAAGUAUACUGCUUCUGUUAAUGGUAGGAGGUAUACUGCUUCUGUUAAUGGUAGGAGGUAUACUGCUUCUGUUAAUGGUAGAAAGUAUACUGCUUCUGUUAAUGGUAGGAGGUAUACUGCUUCUGUUAAUGGUAGGAGGUAUACUGCUUCCAUUAAUAGUACUGUAUACCACCCUACUAUAAAACAGCGAUUAUAUUCUCUAUAAGGUGUUACUCCCUCUGUUACAUUAGUCACCUAACCCCAAAAAAUCGGAUCUUCGUAAACAGUGGAGAUGAGAUGUGCUUAAUACAGGUUUGUGGGGAAUAGAUUAAAAUGGAGAAAAAACAAGUAUCAUCAUUUAACCCCCCUGUUUCACCUUGCUCAUACAGGGGCCAGGGUAUGUACAGUGCUUAAAGAAAUUUAUCCUUAUUUGUUGUAUAUUUUAUAUUAUCUCAUUUAGUUAUUUAUUUUAGGAACCUGUGCUUGUAUUAUUGAAAUUUGUGUAUAUUCUACGUUUGUGUGUUUGGUUAUUAAUGAUGAUAACCCUGUAUAAUUGGUUUGUAUAAUUAUAACUUGUUUUAAUAGGUAUAGUUAAAAGUGUCAAUGAUAAAUAUUUUGCAGCAAUUGACAGGUUUUUUGUGUUAUUGUUAUUGCUACCUUCUCCUGGCCUUGAUGUGUUGGGCGUCACAGUCUAUGGUGGGGUCAACAUUUUCAUUAAAUCAGUAAAUAAAAAUAUCAUGAUA